CAGACCGAUCAUUGACGUUGUUGGUCAUUUUUUUUUUUUUCCUGUAUGUAUAUUGAAUUUUCUGUUUGUGUAUCUAGCUGAUUGAGUAUAUGAAAUUGACGUCAGUUUAUGUUAUUGGAGUACUAUUUAUUUUGAAUAGUGAUAUAGAGAAUAAAUAAAUAAUUUGACAUGGAAGAAGAUGGUGCACUGAGAAGUGGCCAGUCUAGCUUUAGACAUGAUAAACCAGUUGCAAUAGAUUGUAAUGAAGAUGAUCGUCCUCAUGAGAUGACAGCAUCAUACUCGGAAAUAUCAUUUGAUUCACAAUCAUCACCUCCAAUUUCUGAGUUACGUUCAUUAGUUGACAGUCCUGAUAUUGAAGAUGAUGACUAUUUGCAAGAUCAAAGAAUAAAAAAUUUUGAAGGUUUUGUUGAUAGACCAGAUAAAUUAAAUUUAAUGAGCAGUGAAGAUUCACCAGCUGAUGAAGAAUAUUCAGAAAUGCCAAGUUAUAAAAAAGCCAUGGGUUAUUUGAGUCUUGAAGGUACUGUCAUGCAAGAAGGUGAUAUGGUAUUAUUUGUUGCUGAAGAUUUAGAAAAUAAAAUUAAAUUAUCAAGUCCAGUAACGAAAAAAGGUGAUACACCAUCAUUUCCUGGUUCAAGAAGUUCAACUCCUUGUUUGUAUCGUCAAGCAUUAAAUCCACAAAUUCCAUUACCUGAUCAUCAUGCUUUAAAUGAAUUGGAAAUGGAAGCAAGAAAAAUAGCAACAUCUGUUGAUUCAUUGACUGAAAAUUUAUCAGCUAUAUUACACAGUGCAUCAGCUUUGACUGUUGAUUGCUUGGAGACAUACAGAGAUGCUGUUUGUAAAACAUGUGAUGCUGUUGAUCACAACAUUAAAUCCAUGUAUCAAUUGAUGGCUAAAUCAGAGGAAUUAUCAAAAUCAAUGGGUCCCAUUUAUAAAUUGGCUGAACAAGUAAAAGAAAUGAAAAGACUGCUUGAUCUUUUUGAGGCUACAGUCAAUGUUUAACAGUAUUUAUUAUCAUCAUCAUUAUUAUAUUAUUAAUUCUUAUGUAUUAUUUGAAAAAAAAUAA